AUGAAUAGGAAUAUUCUUCCAUCUUCAAUAUUUCUUUUACGAAAUACAUUUAUUCGUUCAAUUCAUAUAACAUCUAUUAAUUAUGCUCAACCAACAAAAGCUAAAAAGAAAAUGGAUCCAAUGACAGAUAAAAUCCGGGAAGAUCGUAAACGACGUCGAUAUGAAAAAGUUAUAGAUAAAUUAGAAAAAUUUAAACUUCAACUUAAACCAAUUAAUGAAUAUGAAUCUGAAAGACGAAUUCUUAAAGAACUUGAUGUUCGUAAACGUUCAUCUGUUGAAUUAACAUCAGACGAAACAACUCAUCGAUUAAUGUUAAAUCGUGAUUGGGCAAAACAUAAACAUCGACAGCAUCAACAAGAAAUAACAUUUAUAUCUCGUGCUUUGAAAUCACAAGAAAAUGCACUUGAACAAUUAAAAAUUGAAAGUGAAUCACUUUAUGAACAAGCAUUACAAGUAGAUUCCAAAUUAAUUCCAUUUACUCGACGUGGACCUCUCUACAGUCUUCCAAAUCCAAAUUAUGAUGCACCUGAUGGUGAUUAUUUUGAUACAACAAAUUAUUUUUCGAAAGGCUUUGGUGUUAAUUUUAUGGAUCAUAUGAAAACAAUGGAAAGGCAAAAAUGGACUGAUAUUCGAGCAGAACGUCGUGCUAAAAAAGAAGAAAAAAUUGCAGACAAAUAA